UGGUGGAAGUUGAUCACUCCUUUCCUGGGAGUACCUUCAUUCUUUGUGCAAGGCACGAUGGAUCGCGCUGCAAUGGACGGGCGUUUCGACACUGUGAGCAGAGACGAAAGGAUUGACCGAGUAAUAUCCAAUAUUACAAAGGCGCUUCACAUUCAGAAAGAAGAAGUACAAUGUGACAUUGAGAAAACAGUGGCCGAGAUCUGCAAUCGUCUCUUAUCACACGUGGAUGAUGUCUUUCGCGUCAAACUUCAGCAGCUGAAGCGGAUUGGAGAGGAAGCAAUUACCGGCGCAGAAGACACAAUGCGACCUGACGUCUUCUACACAUCAACACCUCUACGGUCUCUGCUGUCCUCCGAAUGGCUGUCGAACCCACUUUUAGUGCCCACCACACUCGGCUACUUCAAAGCAUGUCAGGCAAGACCUGAAAAUAUCACCUUCGCCCAGAACUAUUCUUCGCGUUCGCGCAGCGUAGGUGACACUGUGAAACUGUACUACGUGUGCACCACUGGAUACGAACCAUUCUUGUUCGACUUCAUCUCUUGCAUGGUGCGGGACCCCAGCGGAGCCGAUGUUGAGCAUUGGAGUGGUGACUCGAAAGAUGGUCGGUAUUCCCUCAAGUUCAUCGUUAGACAGGAGGGCCGCUACACAGUGUACGUAAGGCUUUACAGGGUGCCCAUACGUGGAAUCCCUUUCCUUGUCGACGUUUCCAGGAACCAACCCUCGGAACAGACUCCGUCGGUGUUCAUGAGCGUCUCUGGUAAAGUGCAUCAAGAGCCAUGCUCCGCUCAGUUCUGCAUCCCCAAUGGCAUGGCUCACUACAAACUAUAGGCUCUAACAUACCAGCACUGUACUAUACUCUAAUAUACUAUAAGCUAAGAUGACCCGUAGAUGACCCGUAUUGUUGUUGGACGGGAAGACAAGUAACCAGUGUUGCAAUUGUAAAUGCAUGAAAUACCUCUCUUCAAUAAAAGCUUGAGACUGGCGAUGACAAAA